UCUUGGGCGGGAAACGUGUAUCGUAGCUCUUACGCGUACGCAAGCCUGCCGGACAAUUCCACUCUCAAGCAACCACCCAGUGCGCGCAAACAUGGCCGGCAUGAUGCCCAGCUCCAACACGACCUCCGCAAACCCCUACGAGCACUAUGACAACGAUGCUCUGGAGCGCGACCAGAUGAUCGACCCUGACGAUGCUGCCUUGGACGACCUCGACGACCCUUUGCAGACCUCGACGUCUGAUCGCGCUCCCCUCACCGGCAACAUCGCCUCUCAGUCCACCAACCGGGACACCCAGAACUACCUCACCUCCAGCAUCCCUGGAGAGGACCGCCGCGCCCCUACCAACACGCUCGACGAGACCGUCUGGCAGACAUUGUCAAGAGACCUGUUCGCAGUAUGGGAGAAGAUGAAGCAAGUCCUGUGGCCCAAGUAUCUGCUUGGCGGAAUGCUGCAACGCGGUGGUGGCAUGGGAGCCGAGGAGCGCGGAGAAGGUGCUGCUGGCGCAAUGAGGGGCAUGGUCGGGCGCUGGCCCGAUGCGGAUGCUGUUUUGCACGGAAGCAUGAGCGAGGGCCUCCGCGACUGGGAUCUGUGGGGGCCUUUGGUCUUCUGCCUGCUCCUCAGCUUGUUCCUGUCCAGGGGUGCGCAGGACAAGCAAAAGUCAUUGGUAUUUUCUGGUGUCUUUGCUAUGGUAUGGAUCGGAGAGGCUGCUGUCACGCUGCAAAUCAAGCUUCUCGGCGGAAGCAUCUCCUUCUUCCAGUCGGUAUGCAUCAUCGGCUACACUCUCUUCCCGCUCGUCAUUGCCUCUUUGUUGAGCGCACUGAAUCUUCCUACGAUUGCGCGGAUACCGACCUACAUUGCCCUCGUGGCCUGGUCGCUUGCUGCUGGCGUGAGCAUCUUGGGCGGCUCCGGCGUUGUGCGUAACCGCGUUGGUAUCGCAGUGUACCCGCUGUUCGUCUUCUACGUCAGCCUGGGGUGCCUCUGUUUCAUUAGCUAGGAAGUUGCCGAUGGGAGUAUUUCGUUUUAUCAUUUCAGCAGGCUGUCUUACGAAUACCCUUCGGCAGUCCGUUUUCGUAGGGCUGCAGCGGGUUUUGCAGGGUUUCAGGCUUCCUCUAGUGUAUCAGUGACGCGAGGCGUCUUGUAUUAACAGGUUCCUGGGACUCGGGUUGCAUGGGAGCGCGCUUCCUGCUGCGUAUAGCCGCGGGCGUGAAAUUGCUGGAAACAUCGAGUGCUAGUCGCCCCCGUAAACCAUAGUUGCCAUGAACCUGUGCAAGCUGCGGCCCAUUCGUGAUCAUAUCUCAGCAGC